AUGCCGCUUCCGUCCCAUCUCUCCUAUAAAUCUGCUCUGGUCCUCCUCCCUCCUUCAUCAAUAGUAGCACCAAUCGAAUCUAUUCGCCAGAAGCACGAUAAGCAUUUCCGUCGUUGGCCUCCUCAUAUCAAUCUCAUCUAUCCAUUUCUCGCUGCGCCUUCUCAAGGCUUAAGCUUGGACGGCCAACAAAGUGAGCAAAACAAGACCUCAGAUCUUCUGCACAACAUGCACAGCCAGGGAAAUGCAAGUGUAUCUACAAAUGCCGACUCUUUGAGCUCGAGAGCAAACCUUGGGCAAAGACUGACAAAGGUCGCCGAGACCGUUCCGCCGUUUCGUUUCCUUCGUGCUGAUCCACCUGGGGUUUUCAACCACAGCAAACAAAGCGCGACCGUGUGGCUGGAUCCGAUUAAUAAUGCUACUCCCUCUAAUGGCGACGAAUCUCUAUCUCAAGCUAGUUUACAAACGUCGGAAUUUUCAGAGUGCAACGAAGACACGCGACCAUUCACGCCUCAUCUCUCGGUCGGCCAGGCUUCCGGGAGCAUCAGCACAUAUCGCUUGAGAGACGAAGCACAACGCGUGAUUGAGACAUUCGGACGCGAAAAGCUAGACGAAGGAAAUAGCAAGCAAGCACCUAUCGGGGGCUUCGAGUGGCACGUUGAUACCGUGCAUAUCAUUGAGAGGAGCGGCUUUAAAGGGCGAUUCAAGAUUGUCGGAUCAUUCAAAUUGUCAGACGAUACUUCAUCCCCACUCGUGUCAGGGGCACCGACCUUCUGCAAUAAGAAUAUACACAAAAGCCACUAUAAGCCCGGAAAUGGACUCCUCUAG